AUGCUGACGAACACUAAAUUCGUGCAGCAAUAUCAGCUGAAGUUGGCUAGUACGUUCUCCCCACCCCACCAUUUGAAUAUAAUUUUUUUGAAAAUUUUUCGUCGUCAAGCCGCCAAAGUGGAGAGUGUGGUUGCAGAAGGGGGCGCUUCUCGUUUCAGUGCUUCUUCGGGUGGAGGGGGAGGUCGGGGUGCACCUCAGCACUAUCCCAAGACUGUCGGAAACAGCGAGUGCCUGGGGAAAGCCCCUGGGCCUAGCGUUCAGAAAUGGGUUCCUUCACGAAGCACUAGACGAGAUGUCAACUCCUCCAAUGAAAAAGAGCGACACGAUGCAAUCUUUAGGAAAGUAAGAGGCAUACUUAAUAAACUUACCCCUGACAAGUUUGACAAGCUAUGCCUUGAACUCCUGAAUGUGGGUGUAGAUUCUAAACUCGUCCUAAAGGGAAUCAUCCUGCUGAUUGUAGACAAAGCCCUAGAAGAGCCCAAAUAUAGUUCGCUAUAUGCUCAGCUAUGUCUGCGCUUGGCAGAAGAUGCACCCAACUUUGACGGCCCCUCACUUGAGAUCCAACCCAAGCACAAGCAGAGCACGACUUUCAGGCGACUUCUGAUAUCAAAGCUUCAAGAUGAAUUUGAAAACCGUGCCAGAAAUGUUGAAGUCUAUGACAAACAUGACAACCCUCUUACUUCUGAGGAAGAGGAGCAGCGUGCAAUUGCCAAGAUCAAGAUGCUGGGCAACAUCAAAUUCAUUGGAGAACUUGGCAAACUCGACCUCAUCCAUGAAUCUAUCCUUCAUAAGUGCAUUAAAACACUUUUGGAAAAGAAGAAGAGAGUCAAGCUUAAGGAUAUGGGGGAGGAUUUGGAGUGCCUCUGUCAGAUAAUGAGAACAGUGGGGCCUAGACUAGAUCACGAAAAAGCCAGGUCUUUGAUGGAUCAGUACUUUAGCCGGAUGCGAUCCUUAAUGAACAACAAGGAGCUGCCAGCUAGAAUCCGUUUCCUGCUGCAAGACACUGUGGAGCUGAGAGAAAACAACUGGGUUCCUCGCAAAGCUUUCCUGGACAACGGACCAAAGACCCUUAACCAGAUCCGUCAGGAGGCUGUGAAAGAUUUGGGUGUAUUUAUUCCCGGAAUGAGCCAGGGAAUGAGGCCGGACUUCUUUCUGGAAGGACCUUUCAUGCCAGCCCGGAUUAAAAUGGACCGGGAAACUCUGGGGGGGUUGGCUGAUAUGUUUGGCCAGAUGCCAGGCAGUGGGAUUGGCACCGGGCCAGGGGUCAUUCAGGACCGAUAUUCACCCACCAUGGGACGGCACCGCUCCAGCCCGCUCUUUAACGGCCACAGUGGGCACAACACCACCCCCGUACCCCAAUCCCAGUUCGACAUGGGGGGCAAGCCUUUCAUCAAGUCCUCCCAGGGACAGAACCUGCAUUACCACACCCAGAACCUGAACCAUUCAUCCCAACAACAGCAGCAGCAGCAGCAGCAGCAGCAGCAGCAAGCUAAGGACAUGCCCCCACGCUUCAUUAAGAAAAGCCAGCUCAACUCUGACGAGAUCAGUCUGAGGCCGGCGCAGUCAUUUCUGCUAAAUAAAAACCAAGUGCCAAAACUGCAGCCUCAGAUCCCCACCAUGAUCCCUCCCAGCGCCCAGCCACCUCGGACACAGACUCCGCCCCUGGGACAGCCUCCUCAGCUUGGCCUCAAAACCAAUCCCCCUCCAAUCCAGGAGAAACCGCCAAAGACCACCAAGAAACCACCACCUGCCAAGGAGGAGCUUCUUAAGAUGACCGAGGCCAUAGUGACUGAGUACCUGAACAGCGGGGACCUGGGGGCGGCGGUGAGUGCCAUGCGUGAGAUGAAGGCUCCCAAGCACUUUGUGCCUGAGAUGCUGAGCAAGAUGGUGGUGUGCUCCCUGGACCGCUCGGACCAAGACAGGGAGCAGGCCAGCACGCUGAUCCAUACGCUGCGCACGGAGGGCCUCGUCACCGGCGACAACUUCAUCCAGGCCUUCCAGAAGGUUCUGGACCAGUGCGCCAAGAUCGAGGUGGAUGUUCCGCUGGUGAAGUCCUACCUGGCGCAGUUUGCGGCUCGGGCCAUCUUGGCGGAGCUGGUGAGCGUGGCCGAACUGGCCCAGCCCCUGGAGAACGGCGCUCACUUCCCCCUGUUCCUGCUCUGCCUGCAGCAGGCCUCCAAGCUGCGUGACCGCGACUGGCUGACCGACCUCUUCCAGCAGAGCAGAGUCAGCAUGCUGAAGAUGCUGCCUGAGAUGGACCAGAAUAAGGACCGCAUGCUGGAGCUUCUGGAGGGGAAGGGGCUGAGCUUCCUGUUCCCCCUGCUGAAGCUGGAGAAGGAGCUGCUGAAGCAGAUCAAGGCAGACCCUUCCCCGCAGUCCAUCUACAAGUGGAUCAAAGACAACAUCUCGCCCAAGCUGCACACGGACAAGGGUUUUGUCAACAUCCUGAUGACCAGCUUCCUGCAGUACAUCUCCCAUGAGCUGUGCAUGGCCGAGGGCGACGAGCAGCUGUCCGCUCCCUCCAAAGAUCAGCUGGACCAGGAGAGGCAGCUGCUGCUGUCCUUCAAGCCGGUGAUGCAGAAGUUCCUGCACGAGCACGUGGACCUGCAGGUCGCUGCGCUGUACGCCCUGCAGGUCCACUGCAACGCCAACGGCUUCCCCAAAGGCAUGUUACUGCGCUACUUCGUCAGCUUCUAUGACCUGGAGAUCAUUGAAGAGGAAGCCUUCCUUGCAUGGAAAGAGGACAUUACCCAAGAGUUUCCUGGAAAAGGAAAAGCAUUAUUCCAGGUGAACCAGUGGCUUACCUGGCUGGAAACCGCUGAGGAAGAGGAGUCUGAGGAUGAAGCUGACUGAGCCAAAGCCUUACAGUGCAGAGAAACUAUGGAUCUGUUACUUUCACUUCCUCCUGUCCCACUUGUUACCCCAUUUUUUCUUUCUACCUUAUACAUGCACCUAUUCAACCACUGCGAGAAUUAAUUCCACUGUAGUUUUCGCAAUGUGAUGCAGAGGCAUGUUUUUUUCCAGCUUUAGUUUUUUAACGUAAGGUCUUAAAGGCAUCCUGGUGUACCGUGUGUAGAUGAGAUAUUGCCAGCAUUAGGUCGCCCUGGUUUGCCAAUUACUGAUGGACCAGAGAGCCCAUCCCUAAACCCUGCGUUGCGUACGCUUUGAGUUAACCAAUCGCAACACUGUAGGAAUGCACUUUGCCUGGCGUCACUCGAGUCGUUGCAAUAUUCAUUCAUACUUUGAUUGUUACAAAGAAUCCUAAACUGUAAUCAUUGGUUUGCUGCCGUAACGUUCGAAUAGUUCUUGCCUGUGUUUCUACCUCCUAGUGCUGGGGCUUGUCAUGGACUUGGCGGUCCCGUUAAAUGAAAGCCCUAGAUUAGCAUGGGCAAGUGCACAAGUCAUUAAUAAAAACCUGGUUUACUUGCACAGAAUGACCUGAUUGUGAGAUUUCAGAUUAAGACCUUUAUAAGUGCUUGUGGAUGUGUGGAUCAUAAGAAAACGGAAAUUAAGCCUUUUAAUUUAUGGCCUCCUGUCCCCUCUUCCCCGUCUUUCACUCAUUUUGUGAUACUUGAAUUAUUUUUUUCCCCUUCCACCAUGUUCAGGGACUAAACUUGGCCUGUUUGGAUGCAACAUCUUUUGAUUGAACAAGAACAUGUAAGAAGUGAAUUUUUAACCUGUUUUAAUUCGGUAAUAAAAGUUAACACACGAAACUGAA